AUGACCCUCGAGACGCUCCGCGAAAGUGUUCACGCUGACACCAACAUUCCCGCAUCCUCCCUCCACAUCUACCAUAAUGGUCGCCUACUCACGGAAGAAACCAAAACUAUCGAACAAUUAGAGAUCCCCGACGGCGGCAUGUUAGCCGUCCAUGUCAGACACCUCAGAGGCAAUACUGGCGCUAAUGAACCCGCGGCUCAGACACAACCGCCCCCGCAGCCACCACGGCCACAGGCUGGUGGUGACAAUGAUCCCGAGUUGAUUCGACUACAAAUACUGGGAAAUCCAGCUCUGAGGGAACAGCUGCAAAGGCAACAUCCAGAGCUUGCGGCUGCCGUAGACGACCCCGCUCGCUUCGCCCAAAUCUUCCAGAACAGCCAAGAUAUGGAAAGACGACAGAGGGAGGAGAGGCAACGAGAGAUUGAGAGACUGAACCAAGAUCCUUUCAAUAUCGAAAACCAAAGAAAGAUUGAAGACAUGAUUCGCCAAGAGCGUGUAAUGGAGAACCUGCAGAGCGCUAUGGAACACAAUCCUGAGGUUUUCGGCCGUGUUCACUUGUUAUACAUUGAUGUUGAAGUCAAUGGCCACAAGGUCAAGGCCUUGGUAGACUCCGGAGCUCAAGCCACCAUCAUGUCGCCAGCGUACGCCGAAGCAUGCGGCAUCAUGCGACUUAUCGACACUAGGUUUGCCGGCGUAGCUCGUGGUGUUGGCACGGCCAAGAUUCUAGGACGUGUUCACUCGGCGCAGAUUAAAGUUGGCAACUUGUUUCUCCCAUGCAGCUUUACUGUCAUGGAGGGCAAGACAACACACCUCCUCCUCGGGUUGGACAUGUUGAAGCGAUAUCAGGCCACCAUCGACUUGGCUAGAGACAGGCUCAUCAUUCAGGGAGAAGAGGUCCCAUUCUUGGGAGAAGCCGACAUUCCCAAGGAUGAAGAGCCCUCAGAGCAGGAGGCCACUAUUCCUGGUCCCUCUGGAACCACUAUCGGCCAAGAAACUGGUGCUGUUUUACCGCCACAGCAAUCAUCGACUACAGCUUCAUCAACCCCAGCCCAACCGGCAUUACCCCCAAGACAUGCACCGCCAGCCUCGGCGCCAGCACCAGCGGCAACACCGUCCACGGCAGCGCCAAAUGUCACUCCAGCGCACGUAGAAAGUCUCAUAUCCAUGGGAGCCACACGAGAACAGGCGAUCCAAGCACUGCAAGCAGCAGAGGAUAACGUCGACGUAGCAGCAAGUCUGAUUUUCUUCUAG